AUGUGGAGUCACUAUACCUCAUUCAACCAGACGGCCUACUGUCUGCCUUUUGCCAAGCUUAACAUCUGCCCUUUCCGUAGUAACACUCUGGUCCGGCCAUCGAUCGACGAGAUGGGCGCGGUAACCCUGCAGUCAGCGCUGGGAAACCCCACGCUGCAGCAGCGAGGGGCCAGCAAGUUAACACAAGAGCAGAUAACGGAGUACAAAGGAGUUUUCGAGAUGUUCGAUGAAGAGGGAAAUGGGGAUGUGAAGACGCAGGAGCUGGAGAGGCUGAUGAGUUUAAUGGGGAUCAAUCCUACAAAGAGAGAGCUCAUCCAGAUGGCCAAAGAUGUGGACAAAGAUGGUAAAGGGAUAUUUAACUGUGACAGCUUCCUGGGUCUAAUGGCGCUGUACCACGAAAGAACCAAGAACCAGGACGCUGAACUCAGAGCUGCUUUUAAAGUAUUUGACAAAGAGGCCAAAGGGUAUAUUGACUGGAACACACUCAAAUAUGUACUGAUGAAUGCAGGGGAACCACUGAAUGAGAUCGAGGCUGAGCAGAUGAUGAAGGAAGCAGAUAAAGAUGGAGAUGGAACCAUUGAUUAUGAAGAAUUUGUGGCCAUGAUGACCGGGGACUCGUUCAAAAUGAGCUGA